AUGAACGUUCGUCGCCGUUCGUUCGCCAGUUCACAUCAACAUAAUGUGAACAUUACGCAUUCGUUUGCAAAAGUCGCUACUGAAGUAAAAGCGAAUCGCGAUCGAUCCCAGUCGAAACAGUACGAGAGACGGUUAUCACAGUUACGUGAAGAGGAUUCGGACUACGACAGCGAUAACGACGAGUCCUACUCAGACUACGGCUCCGUGAAGAGUCAUCUUGACGAUGAUGCAAAAGAGAACAAGCCUCCAACGCCAAAUUCACCAGUGAUUAUGAGGACUUCCAGCAAGAAGCGGAGUCCUGAGUACAAUGGGCCAUUGCCGGGCCUUCUGCCUAACCACAAAGGGUCCGUGUUACUGUUUCUCGAUCGGGUAUACGGUAUCGACUCGCAGGACAUGCUUUUCCAUUUCCUUGAACAGAGCUUCUUACCGGAUCUCCGUGCAGCAACAAUGAUGGAUUCGCCUCGUGCUCUGGAGUCGGAUACGGCAUUGGCACUGAAUCGUUACCUUUGUAACGCUGUUCUCCCACUGCUCACCAAUCACUCACAUUUCUUCGCCGAUGCAGAGCAUCAUGCCGCUCUCCUUGAUGCUACACUCCAUACGGUAUAUCGAAUGAAUCGAUUAAAAUCAUUGACAAAGAAUCAACGCGACGCUGUGUCCGAUUUCUUAGUGGCGAUUACUCGGGAACUACCACCGGGAAUGAUGAUCAAACUGUUACGGAAGGUCAUUGUCGAUAUACAACAAAUGAGCGAUAUGAAUGUGCUGGUCCCACUGAGGCUGAUGACAUUGCACUAUGAACGUUGCGGCAAAUACUACGGUAGUGGCAAUCAGUACGGUGUAGCGACCGAGGUGGAAAAGCGCCUGUCGAUGUUGUUGUUCUAUGCGAUCUUCGACUCUCUUGGAAGCCGACCAUAUGAUCCAGAUUUGUUUGGAAAGGCUUUGCCCUGCCUGACGGCGAUCGGGUCAGCCAUAUCUCCAGAUUACACUCUCACAACUGGCGGUGAUGAUACCGCAAAGUUAAAGGAGCUCAUGGAGGAUGGUGCUUGGGUACCGAAGACCGUCGACGUUUCUCGAAUCGAUCUACCUAGGGAUUUGCAAUCAAUGACUGAGGCAUUUGCUGAGCAUUUCCAUGAUUCAUGGGCUAGCCGGAAGUUGGAGAAAGGAUGGGUUCAUGGUGAUCUGUACUCACGUCAAAAUCUCACACAUCCUCGAUUAAAGCCAUACAGCCUUCUGAAAGAAUUUGAAAGAUCUUUCUACAAAGACCGAUGUGCUGAGUGUUUGAAAGCGCUUUUGGCUUGGAAUUACAAUUUCGAAUUGGCUGAUCGUGAUGCUGCCGAUCGAGCAGCCAGUGCUCGUACGCCGUCCGGCUCCACGGUUCAGAACUUCGCACCUAAACCAGUGGAUUUGUCAAGUAUGACGCUCGAAAAGGAUAUGGUGGCAGCCGCUGAGAAAAUGGCAGAGCACUCACAUCUUAUUUGGGCUAAAAAGGUAUGGAACGAUCUCAAUACAAAGGGCGGGUUUCUGCCCACCUCGUUGGUACCGUGGGAUUUGUUGACAGAUUUCGAGAGACGUAAAGAUCGGUUCCGUGCCACUGAGAUUUUGAAAUUUGUGCAAUACCACGGCUAUCACAUCGAGAGUCCACCUGAGCAGAGUUCAGACAGAACGAAGAAUGAAGGCGAGAGAUCAUCGGUGGAAAAGAGGUUUGCAUAUAAUCUUCUCGAGAAACUCAUACAAUACUUGGAGCAAGCAAGUCUCAAGAUGAAAUCAGUGAAACCGAGUCAAGAGCUUACCAGAAGAAAUACGUUCAGAAAAGAAGGGCAGGAUGUGAAGUUCUUUGAGAAGGUCGUGCUUCCACUGAUGCAUGCCUACUUCAACGCUCACAAAAAUUACUUCCUAGAAGGCUCAACCAUAGUUUCUACGGGCACGGCUAGUAACAGAGAAAAGGAAAUGGUCGCUAAUCUCUUCUGCCGUCUUGCUGCGUUGCUUCGAAUCAAAAAUCGUGCAUUUGGAAGCGUGGCGAAAAUCACAGUGAAGUGUCUUCAAGGAUUGACUCAGGCAUUGGAUUUGAGGACGUUGGUGAAGACGAAUUCCGAUAUCAUUCGUACGUCGCUAUUGACGUUCUUCAACAAUUGUGCUGACGAUCUUUUUGCAGCUGUGAAAGAGCUGAAGACGAAUUCCGAUAUCAUUCGUACGUCGCUAUUGACGUUCUUCAACAAUUGUGCUGACGAUCUUUUUGCAGCUGUGAAAGAGCUGAAGGACAACGGUCAAUAUUCCCUCAUCCGUGGCCAGAAUCUGAGAUCAUGGAUCUCUUUAGAAUUCGCGCAUCAGAUGAUCAUACCAGUUCUAACCACGAUGUUCACUCAUCUGGCCAGGAAUCACUUUGGAACUGAUGUUCUUCUGGACGAUAUUCAAGCAGCUGGUUACAAAAUCCUCGACUCUCUCUACAUGGUCACUGGGCUCGCCUCGACGGCUGCUCAAAGGAAAUCUAUUGGAUACGAAACAGAUAAGCAUCGACCUGGCCUUGGUCAGUGCUUGUCGGCAUUCGCAUCGUGUUUCCCGGUAGCUUUCCUCGAGCCUGAAUACAAUAAAAAUAACAAAUACUCUGUUUUGGCAAAGACUCAAGACCAGUCGGUUCAAGUGCAAGAAAUGUUGCAAAACCUUUCCACUCACAUUCCCCACAUCGAAAAACUACUCACUGCUAUUGAACAGGUGUCCAACAACGGAAUAACCUACGAGGAACAGCCGAAUGUGUACGAUGUGGAUCUACCAUUGAUGUGUUCAUACUUGGCACUUCCUAUGACAUCGGUCAGUGCCGAUCACAUCAAUCGCAUCUUCUGCGCUCUUCUACGCAUGAUAAGGAAUCACGUUGGUGUAGAAAAUGCCCCGUGGCUGUGCCGCACCACCUUCUUUGCCGUUCAAAUCAUUCAAAACGUCACCUGUGAUCCAGUGAAGGACUACAUAUUACCCAUUGCUGAACGACUCAGAAGAAUGAGUGAAAAGGCUUUCAGAGAAGAGGAGCACAUGCGAACGCAUCCUGACGAUGCGGACGAGGGAACAGUCGCCGAGGACAAUGCUCGUCUGGUGCGCGACACCUACGCAUACUUCCCAAUACUCAUGAAGUACACCGAUUUGCACCGUGCACAGUGGUUGAAGGCUCCAUCAUGGGAGACCGAUGGCGUUUAUGAAAAUAUCGCAGUUAUCUUCCGCAUAUGGAGUCAAAGUCAACAUUUCAAGCGUGAAGAACUGAACUAUAUGGCCCAGUUUGAAGAGGACGCAGCAAUGGUCGGUGGUGGUGAAAUGAAAACCGGCAAAGCGGCCAUUGCCGAGCGAAAAAAGAAAAGGAGAGAAGGGCAGGUGAAGAAAGACAAGCACGCAAACAGCAUAGUCAUCGCAUGCGUGAAAAGGCUACUACCGGUUGGACUGAACGUCUUUGGUGGACGAGAGCUGGAUAUCGUGCAGCAGUCCAAGGAGCGAUUCCUACAGAAAGAACCAGAGGAUAAAAUACGAGAAUUCAUCAAAGGACUACUUGAAAUUCCAAUUAAGGUUGAUCAACAAGUUUGCAACACAAACAAACCAAAAGCAAAAACAUGGCUGGGGCAAGUAACGCUGAGAUGGCGGACACUUGCCGAGGGUGUAUUGAAGGAGAUCAGUAGUCCUGUCGAAUAUUUAUAUUAA